GAAGAGCCGGGCUUCGCAGGGCUGGAGAGAGUGGGCGGUGUGGACUUGUCCUACAUCAAAGGAGACGACACCAACGCCUGCGCUUCCCUGGUUGUUCUCAGCUUCCCGGCUCUUGAGGUGCUGUACGAGGAUUGCCGGAUGGUGGCUGUGAGCGCGCCCUACGUGGCAGGAUUUUUAGCCUUCCGAGAGGUCCCUUUCCUGGUGGAAGCUGUUCAGAGACUUCAGCAAAAAAAGACCGCAGGUGCAGCAUAUUUCUUUGUUCAAGUCCUUCUUGUAGAUGGAAACGGCCUUCUUCACCCCAGAGGAUUUGGGGUAGCCUGUCACCUCGGCGUCCUGACGGAUCUACCAUGCAUUGGAGUGGCCAAAAACCUCCUGCAAGUGGAUGGUGUGGUCAAGGACGAGCUGCACAGAGAGCAGAUUCGUUCCCUACAGAGAGAAGGAGAUGCCUUCCCGCUGACAGGCACUUCAGGGAGAGUCCUGGGCAUGGUCCUGCGUAGCUACAACAACAGCUCUAAGCCGCUUUAUGUCUCCGUGGGUCACAGGGUGUGCCUGGAGACAGCCGUGCGCCUAGUCAAGUCCUGCUGCAGGUACCGGAUCCCGGAGCCCAUCCGUCAG